CCCCUUGUUUACAGCUUACCCAAGUAAAGAGCAAAAAUCAGAAGAAGAAAAAGAAAGCGAAAGGAAGAUGAAGAGAUGGUUCGAUCCAUGGCCCGUGUUCUUCAAAAGAGAGUUCAACCGCACCUGGCCCUUCCUUGUUGGUUUCGCCGUCACCGGAACCAUCAUCACCAAGUUCUCCCUUGGUCUCACCGAGGAAGAUGAGAAGAACUCUCCGUUUGCUCAGAAGCACAAGAGGUAA